UUCUGAUUGAGAUAAUGCUGUACAUAUAAAUACUACUAUAUAAUAUAGUUAAGUCCGCACAUUUCGCAGUAGGGAAAGAGCGUGUUUGGUGUGGCUGGUGAGACCGACCAAUAACUAUACUUCAACACGUAAAUAAUAUAAGCUUAUAUUUAAGUAAAAAUGGAUAGCACGAGGUCUGGUAGCGAGGACACUCGCCCCUUGUUGGUAUCACAAGGUUCACUGGUUUCGGAGGAUCGCUAUUCGAGCGAGAACAUCCUUUUAUACAAAUCUGGUGGCAGUGGGCAGAUAGCGACCAGUGUGAAUUUAAUUAAGAUUGGCCUGGGAACCGGUGUGUUAACACUUGGAUUCGGUGCUCAUGUUGCGGGAGUCGUCGGCUGCGCUGCAAUCUUGGCUUUAGUGGCGACGCUGAAUGUGUGGUCGAUAUAUCUCCUAGUACAAUGUGAAAAGACCAUUGCGCCCCGUUUAAAUCCCCAUGAGAGGAAUCCGCGUGGCAAGUACUCGCAGAUUGCGUACGAGGCCUUUGGCAAUUAUGGUGUUUGGUUGACAGACUUCUUCGUUGUGCUCACACUCAUGGGUGCGGCCACUGCUUACUUCGUCUUUGUGGAGACGACUAUGGUACACGUCGUGCCUGGGUAUCCCGCCUGGUUCUGGGUGAUGGUAUCCUAUCCCGUGUGUAUUUUGCUUGUGCUUCCCGACGAUCUGCGCUACUUGGCACCCGUCUCCAUUGUGGCCAUUUUCUCCACCGUCAUUGGAAUGUGUGCCGUGUUCGCCUACGGAGCUACGCAACAAACCUUCCAGAUCCCGGAAGACGCUUGGUUCAGGCCGAAGGGCUUGCCCCAGUGUUUUGGUCUGUGUGUCUACACUUUCGGACAUCCGGUGAUCAUUUUCCCCAUUUACGACCAGAUGAAGGACCGAACGACCAAGUUCAUGCCCACCGUGAGUGUAUCUCUGUCGAUGCUGGUUGUGUGCUUCGCCUUUGUGGGUCUUUUGUCGGUCGGGUUCUUUGAGAGUGUGGGUGUGAUGCAGAACUCUAUUGCACAGCUCCCCUCAGGAUCGGUAGCGUCUAAGAUCGUGCAGACGGCUAUGAGUAUAGUUAUUCUGCUGUCGUACCCGCUGACGAUGUUUGUUGUGAACAAGAUGGUUUUCCAAUACGUCAGUGUUUGGGUAGGGACCGCUGAUCCCAAACUAGACUAUUUCGUGAGGAUAGUACUCGUAUCAGUUGCUGCCACCGGAGCGCUCAUAUUCCCUCACCUUGCGGAUGUGGUGACCAUCCUCGGAUGCUUUACGAUAACCUACUUGUGUUUCGUAAACCCCAUGGGUUUCUACUACACGUUGCACAAAGACACACUGUCGGGGAUACAGAAGGCCUUGCUUGGCUUUGGAGGGGUGCUUGGAUUGUGCACGAUUCUUUACACCACCCACUCAGCUGUCGUAGCGAUGCUGAACCGGAAAGUUUAGGAUAGACAGUAGUCCACACACACUGCUUUGUAAAUGGAUGUGUAUAAACUAAUUUAGAUGUACAAAUAAAGGCUUAGGAAUGUCAUGUCGCCGCUCGACCCGAGCAGGCCG